AUGACAGGCAGCCCACUUGGAGGGCAAGAAUCAGGGGACCGCAUCUCAGCAGCGGUGUUAGCCCACAGUGGUGCUGUGGUGAUGCCGGACGCACUGCCUCUCCUACAUAAUCGCACAAGGACACUGCUGGGGCGGCCGGAGGAGGGAAACACCCGGCCCGCCUGGGUGAUCGCUACCUUGGCCAGCAUCUUAAUCUUCACCACCGUGGUGGACGUGCUGGGGAACCUUCUCGUCAUCGUUUCGGUGUUUAGGAACCGAAAGCUGAGGAACUCCGAAACACAAUGGAGGACGCCGAGCCUGGACUACGAGGGCGCCCGCUACUACAGGCUGACGGUGAAGGCCACCGACCCCCAGACCGGCGCCCGCUCCGAGGUGGACGUGGACGUGGCCGUGCUGGACGUCAACGACAACCCGCCGCUGUUCCGCAACGCGUCGUACGCGGCCACGCUGCCGGAGAACGCCAUGACCGGGACCACCGUGUUGAAGGUGUCGGCACAGGACCAGGACUCAGAGCAGAACGCGGCGGUGAGCUACCAGAUCGUGGCCGACCUCUACAACAGCACCGACUACUUCAGCGUGGACAACGCCACGGGCGCGGUGGUCACAGCGCGCAUGCUGGACUUCGAGCUGGUCCAGCGCUACGACUUCAUUGUGCGGGCGACGGACGGCGGGGACCCCGCGCUGGGCAGCGACGUCAGCGUCACCGUGACCGUGACCGACACCAACGACAACCCGCCGGACUUCAGCCAGCCGCUCUACGAGGCGUACGUCAGCGAGCUGGCUCCCCGGGGACACUUUGUGACCUGCGUGCAGGCGUCCGACGCCGACGUCUGCGACGCCGACAAAUUAAGGUACAGCAUCGUCUCCGGCAACGAGAGGAUGACCUUCACCAUGGACGCCCGUAGCGGGGUGCUCAGUCUAUCGAGCAAGCGGAGGCAGGGCCUGAAGCCCUCCUACCAGCUCAAUGUGUCCGUGUCCGACGGCGUGUUCACCAGCACCGCUCAGGUGACCGUGCGCGUGCUGGGGGCCAACCUGUACAGCCCAGUGUUCAGCCAGAGGUUCUACUUGGCUGAGGUCCAAGAAAAUGCUCCUCCGGGGUCAAAGGUCAUUCAGGUCCGUGCCACAGACGAGGACUCUGGGCUGUUUGGCCAGAUCACCUACUCCUUCAUCAACGACCUGGGGAAGUCCCAGUUCACCAUCCACGCCGACGGACUCAUAGCCACCGCGCAGACGCUGGACCGAGAGAACCCGGUCAACAAGGACAUGGUGCUCACCGUCAUGGCCCUGGACGGAGGAGGCCGCGCGUCCUUCUGCACGGUGCGGGUGGUCCUGGGGGACGAGAACGACAACGCCCCCCGCUUCCGGGCGGUGGAGUACCGCAUGAGCAUCAAGGCCAACGUGGGCAAGGGCUCGCUGGUCACCCAGAUCCAGGCCACGGACGCCGAUGCCGGGCUCAACGCCAGGGUGACCUACUCCCUGUACAGCGAGGCGCGCCACUCCCUGGUGGACGUGCUGGAGGUGGAGCCGGACAGCGGCUGGAUGAUGACCAAGAGCACCGUGGCCCACCUCCAGGGCGCCGUGCUGUCCUUCUUCGUCAAGGCCUCGGACAGCGGCUCUCCCUCCAAGCACUCCCUGGUGUCGGCCUUCAUCCACGUGCUCCCGCCCGACUCCCUGGUGCCCUCCUUCAGCCAGCCGCAGUACUCCUUCACCCUGCCCGAGGACACGGCGGUGGGGGCGGCACUGGGCUCCGUGUACCUGGGCCCCGGCCUGGCGGGGAGCUUCGGCCUGGUGGCCGGGGAGACCCCCGACAGCAACCGGGAGGGGACGUUCGCCGUGGACGCGGACACGGGGCUGAUCCGGCUGCUGCUGCCGCUGGACUACGAGAGGGUCAGCGUGUAUCGAUUCAAGGUGUCGGGAACCACGAGGAGGGACCUGACCGAGUCGGUGGCCACGGUGGACCUGGAGGUCAAGGUCCUGGACGUCAACGACAACCAGCCCGUGUUUGAGUCCAGCACUUACGUUGCCACGGUGUUGGAGGGGAUGCCAGUAGGGACCAGACUGAUCCAGGUGCGAGCGCUUGACCCCGACUGGGGCUCCAACGGACAGGUGACCUACAGCCUGGGCCCUCUCCUGACCCGGAACCCGGAGUCUAAGAAAGACCCCCGCUCCCAGAGCCCCCCCGGCGCCGCCACCCCGGCGCCGACGGCGGCCGCUCCCCCGCUGCCCUUCGCCAUCGACAGCAAGACGGGCUGGAUCACCACGGCCGCGCCCAUGGACCACGAGGCCUGCUCCGCCUACAGCUUCCGGGCGGUGGCCUCGGACCUGGGCGAGCUGGGGUCGCUGUCCGCCGCCACGGCCGUCACCGUGGCGGUGGCGGACGCCAACGACAACCCGCCGCGCUUCGAGCGCGAGUACUACCGCGGCGCCGUGCGCGAGAGCGACCCGCUGGGAGAGGUGGUGGCCGUCCUGAGCACGGCCGACCGGGACGGCAGCGAGGAGAACCGCCUCGUCAGCUAUUACAUCACGGGGGGUAACCCGCGGGGUGUGUUUGGCCUGGCCCUGGUGCAGGGGGAAUGGAAGGUGUACGUCAGCGGGCUGCUGGACCGCGAGCAGCAGGACUGGUACCUGCUCAACAUCACGGCCAGCGACGGCCUCUUCGUGGCCCGCAGCGCCGUGGAGGUGACCGUCAUGGACGCCAACGACAACAGCCCCAUCUGCAACCAGGCCGUGUAUAGUGCUGCCUUUCCCGAGGACAUCCCCACUAACAAGGGCAUCCUGACAGUGGGAGCAUCAGAUGCUGACUCAGGCUCCAGCGCUGAGCUCCAGUACUCGCUGUUUGGCAUCGGCGUCGAAGACUUCUACAUGGACGCCAACACCGGGGAGCUGCGCUCGGCCGCCCUCAUGGACCGCGAGCGGACGGGGGUCUACCGGCUCAUCGCCCAGGCCACCGACGGCGGGGGGCUCUUCUGCCGCUCGGAGGUCUCCCUGCGCCUGCUGGACGUCAACGACAACGCGCCCUCCUUCUCCUCCGGCGUGUUCGUGGCCAGCGUGGCCGAGAACGCCGCGCCCAAGGCCCUGCUGACCCGGCUGCAGGCCAGCGACCCCGACCAAGGCCUGAACCGUACGUUGGUGUACUCCCUGGUGGACUCGGCCGACGGCGUGUUCUCCAUCGAGCCGGUGUCGGGGGUGCUGGUGCUGGAGAGGACGCUGGACCGAGAGACCCAGGACUCCUACCAGCUCCGGGUUCAGGCCACGGACCAGGCCGGGCAGCCGGGGGCGCUGGCCUCACAGGUGGAGCUGACCGUGUUGGUGCUGGACGUCAACGACAACGCCCCGGUCUUCCAGAGGAGGGACUACACCGCCACAGUGCCGGAGGAUGUCGCCGUGGGAACCGAGGUGUUGCGGCUGUUCGCCACCAGCGUGGACAUCGGGCCCAAUGCCGAGAUCACGUACAGCGUCCGCUCGGGGAACGAGCUGCGGAUGUUCACAAUCAACAGCAGGACGGGCAUUAUUUCUGUGGCCGACGACCUGGACUUUGAGGUGUGCAAGGACUACUACCUGACCGUCGAGGCCUUGGACAGUGGGACUCCGCCCCUUAGCUCCGCUACCAUGGUGACCGUGGAGCUGAUGGACGUCAAUGACAACGCCCCCACCUUCAGCGAGGAGAUAUACAACGUGCUGGUCAGCGAGGACGCCUCCAUUGGCCAGACCAUUACCAGGCUGCUGGCUGAGGACCUGGACAGCCAGGUCAACGGCCACAUCACCUACUCCAUACUGAAGGGGGACCGUGGCAACCAGUUCUGGAUUGACCCCGUCACCGGCCUGCUCAAAGUCAAUAAGCGUUUGGACCGAGAGCUGGUAUCUAGGGACUCUCUCUCGGUGCAGGCGUUUGACAGUGGCUCCCCGGCCAUGUCCUCCACUGCCACCGUUAACAUCGACGUAUCUGACGUCAACGACAACCCCCCUGUCUUCUCCCCCCCCAACUCCACCGCCGUCAUCCAGUUGAACCAACCGGCCGGGGCCAGUGUCCUGCAGCUGACGGUGAAGGACCCCGACUCCCCCAGGAACGGCCCCCCGUUCGAGUUCCGCAUCGCCGCCGGCAACGAGGGGAACUACUUCUCCCUGGACCGGUCCGGGACGCUGCGGACCACCCGGGUGCUGGGACCCCAGGCCCGCCGAGAGUUCACCCUGGAGAUCCAGGCCAGUGAUUCCGGCCGACCCCGUCUGGCCUCCUCCUCCUGGGUGUACCUGAGGGUCAUCGGGAACAGCCAAUACAAGCCCUCCGUCUCGCCGCUGGAGGUCUUCAUCGUCAUGGUGACCGACUCCUUCCCGGGCGGCCCCGUCGGCCGCAUCUACGCCACGGACCGCGACGUGAACGACGUCCUCUCGUACACCCACAGGCCCGCGCUCAGGAGCAUGUUCCAGGUCAACCGGCAGGACGGCAGCAUCGUGGCUCUGCCGGGGCUUGAGCCCGGCAGGUACCAGCUGAACGCCACGGUGAGCGACGGCCGCUUCGCCGUCAUCGCCGACGUGUCCGUGCGCGUGGAGCAGCUGACGGAGGUGGUGCUGCGCAGCGCGGUGGCCGUGCGCUUCAGCUCGCUCUCCCCGGAGGACCUCCUGGGCCGCUACCUCGGCCAGGUGCGGCUGAUGCUCCGCUCCCUGGGGGCCUGGGCCUUCCCGCCGGGCCAGGUGGACUUCAUCCACGUGCUGGGCGUGCAGCCGGUGGACGGCGCCGGCGACGUGGACCUGUUCCUGGCCAUGGAGCGGCCCUCGCAGCCGGCGGGGACCGGGGGUGGAGGUGGAGGUGGCGGAGGCGGAGGCGGAGGUGGUGGUGGGGGAGACGGCUUCUUCUCCCCGCAGGAGCUGGCGGAGAAGCUGGCGGAGGCCCGGGCGCGCGGCCAGUUCCGGGGGGUGCUGGCGGGGGCGGAGGUGCUGGACCAGACCUGCUCCGGGGAGCUGGACUGCGGGGACAUGGCGUGCGAGCAGACCCUGGUGAUGGCGCCGCGCGCCACGGUCACCUACAGCACCGAGCGGGUCAGCCUGGUGUCCCCCACGUUCAGACGCAUGGAGGCCUGCACGUGCCCCGGGGGAUUCUGCUCCACUCCUCUUGAGCUCUGUGAAGGUCAAUCCUGUCCAUCAGACAUGCAGUGUGUACGCUCCGGUGUGACAGCGCCCUCUGUCUGCCAGUGUCAGCCCGACAGGCUGGACGAAUGCGCCGGCCAGACCUCGCUGAGCUUCUCUGGGAACAGCUACAUCAAGUACAGGGUGACGGAGACGGCGGCAGGCGGGGAGAUGAGACUGGGCCUGAGGAUCAGAACCCUUCAGGCCAGGGGGGUCAUCAUGUUCUCCCGCACCAACCCCUGCACCAUGCUGAAGAUCGAGGGCGGCCGACUGUGGUUCCAGCUCGAGUGUGACAACACGCUCGGCAUCAUGGGGAUCUCCGGCCGUCCGAUCAACGACGGCCUGUGGCACGCCGUGGCCCUGGAGCUCACCCACAACUACAGCCUGCUGUCGCUGGACGACAGCUACGUGGAGCGCCGCCGCGCCGCCCGGGCCCCCGUCCGCCUCUGGCCCCUGGCCCCCGACUCAUCCUUCUUCUUCGGGGCCCAGGUGAGGCCUCCCCCGGGGCCGGGGGGGGAGCGCGGCGGCGCGGGGUCCGGGGCUAGCCAGAGCGAGGCCCCGGGGGACCCCAGGGACGCCAGGGGCCCCCCCAGGGCCCAGGACGGCUUCCAGGGGUGCCUGGGCUCGCUGCGGCUGAACGGCAACGAGCUGCCGCUGCAGAACAAGAGGAGCCGCUACGCCGAGGUGGCGGGCCUGAGCGAGGUAAAGCUGGGCUGCGUGCUCUACCCGGACCCCUGCGUCAGCCAGCCCUGCCUCAACGGGGCCCCCUGCAGCAGCCUGCCCUCCGGAGGUUUCGGGUGCAGUUGCAGCGCUGGGUUCACCGGCGGGCGCUGUGAGGUGGAGCUGACUUCCUGUCUGCCCAACCCGUGUCAGAAUGGGGGCGACUGCACGCCGGCGGGGGGCUCCUUCCUCUGCAGUUGUCCCCGGGGUCUCGUGGGACUUGUGUGCGAGGAGGAUGUCAACGAGUGUUUGAGAGAGGAGUGUGCGAACGGAGGGGUGUGUGUGAACACAUACGGGGCCUUCUACUGUAACUGCACCCUGGGCUUCGAGGGACAGCUCUGUGGGGCCCCCAGCGAUGACGAGGGUGACACACAGGCGGAGCCCCUGUCCUACAUCGGCCCCGGGGAGAUGGUCGGCAUCGGGGUGCUGGUCCUCGUGGUCGCCGUCCUGCUCGUCGUCUUCGUGGGCUUCAGGAAGAAGAUCUCCCUGAGGAAGGAGUCGGACGGCGGGGGCGGGGCCGGGGGCCGGCCCGCCAUGGGCGUCUCCACGGUGACCUCGGAGGCGGGCUACAUGCUGCGAGAGAAAGGCGGCGGCACGGCGGGCAUGGAGUUCCAGGCCAUGCGCGCGUCGGCGGGCUCUUCCUCGGGGACCUCCGGUUGCUUCGGCGACGGAGGCGGAGUCGGCGGCGGCGGCGGCGGGGGGGGUCCGCCUCAGGUCAUGGUGCGGCCCAACUGCCACUCGCCCAAGCUGCCGGGAGACCUGUGCGGGGGGCGGGGCGCCCAGAGGACCAGCGGGGACCGGGGCACGUCCAGCGAGGGCAGCCAGUUGAGCAGCUUCCUCUCCGACACGUCUCACCUCCGGGGCGGGGCCAGCAGGAGGGGCGUGGCCGUGUGCAGCGUCGCGCCCAAUCUCCCGCCGGCGUCUCAGCGUCACUCGGAGCAUAGCCCCGCCCACAAGGUGUCCUGGGACUCGGUGGGGGGGCACGGGGGCCAGAGGGGCCAGCCGCUGGACGACCGGGAGCAGGAGUGGGGCCAGAGGGCCUUCCAGCUGGAGAGGACCCAGAGAGGGGACUCCAGCCCACCGGAGGAGGCAGCUGAUUUGCUGGAGGAGGCUCAGUGCUUCUCGGACAGCCUCUCCGAGGCCCGUUCUCUCAGCUCCUUCACCUCAGAGUCCGUCGAUGACAACGCCUCGAUUGUGACGGUCAUACGUCUUCCCAACAAUGCUGUUGGCAGUAUCGAAAGCGACGUGGGUCCCCACACGCGCCGCGAUGAGGGUGUCUGCGCGGAGCGGGUCAAAGACUACAUCGUGGAUUCGUACCACUGGAAGUCCCCCCCGCAGACCUCCAUGUGGCUGUCCCCGUCCCGCCUGAGGCCCCCAGAGCUGGCCUCCCACUGGGACUUCAGCGAGGCCCAGCAGGCCAUCCGACGGGGGGGCAGCAUGCGCUCCCUCCAGCUAGACUACCGGCUGGCGAGCCCCGGGGCCCCGGACGGCGCCCGGGGCCCCGGGGCCCGGGCGGAGCCCGCCGGGACCACCUUCCAGUGGGACAGGACCCGGUCGGGAGGCUGGGAGAGGAGGCCUUCAGGGGGGCGCGCCAAAGACCCCCAGGAGCCCGACAGUUCCUCGCCCGUCUACGAGGAAUACCGGGGGGCCCAGCAGGAGGCGGAGCCGGAGGGCCUCUACGACACGCUGCCCCCGACGCGCCGCGCCUACGAGGGGAUACCGCCGCCCCCCGGCCUCCACCUGCACCCGGCCCAGCUCCAGCCCCCGCUGCGGGCCUGGGACGGGGGGCGGACGGAGGAGUGCCUGGGACCAGAGGCCGAGCCGGGGGAGCAGGGCGGGGCGGGGGGGGCCGGGGACGAGCUGGAGAGACUGCUGAACCUGGUGUCGCUCCGCGCCCGUAGAGCCACGCGGACACACAGGUCGUCCACCGGCUCCGAACCCGCCCCGGGGUGGGACGGAUUUUAAUCAGUAACGCACACACACACACACGCGCACACAGGGACAGACACACCGACACACACACACAUAGAGAUACAGACACACACACACAAACACACAUACAGUACACUAAUGACUAGUCCAUGAGCCCAAGAUCCUAGGUUCCCUUUUGUUAUUAACUUUUGGCAAAGUCUUGUCCCUUUCCGAUGCGUUUGACGUUCGCAGAACAACAUCAUUGCAGUAUUUUGUAAACAAUAGAGCAAACGUUCUGGGCACAGCAUUAAAGGAAAACACGUUAAUAUAUUCAGCUGAAUCCCGUAUUGAACACUAUGUUGCUCUUCAGGGUUUCGUGUAUAGAAACGAAAAUCCAGAAACAAAUCUACAGUCAGCAAUGCAUAUCGUAUUGCCAAACCAUUGAUAAGCAGCUCGUUAGGACGUAGGGACGACAUGAGUCCUUUCUGGGUGUUUGAAUAAUUCACUUUUCUUGAGAGACGUUCGCAAUAAAUUGGGAACCGUGUUCAAAGUGAUAACAAAAUCCAUGUUAUGUUAUGUCUUCACCCUCUAUGGGGGCUCCUAACAAUGCGAGGUUCUGCGCCCGGCACAAACUGAAGCACAAAGAGCUCCCAGCGAGUUGCCGUGUUCCCAGCUGUGCAGCCCACUGCACGGUAUCUGCCUGCUAUAGCUGCUGGUGUAGGAGGCUGAAGAUAUCUCAGGACACUGCACAGCGGUAAAGUGUAUGCUGAUGUAGCUCUAGCUGCUUCUUUAGAGAAGCGUUGUGCGGCCCACGCAAAGCCAAUUUUCUGAGGCAAAAACAAAGAUUAAGAAAAUGAGAUGAGUUGUGCUAAGUGACUACGUAAAUUAGAUUAAAUAGCCAACUGUAUCUUGCAGUUUCGGCGCACCCUCUUCCCUGUGUGUUACUGUUCCAUGUGCCAGAGUCCUUUGUCUAGUAGGAAUGCUUGGGGUCUUAAGAGAGAAAUAGGAGAGAGAUGUUUAUAAUGCAGACGGUAUAAUAAUGUGUUUUGCAUAUGCCUGUUGAGUCCAAAUAAACACGCGCUUAAAGAUGACGACGUCAGCCGCUAAAGA